AUGGAGAAGGGCGCAGGCAGCAGCAGGAAGAAGCAUGAGUUAAGGGAGCCCAAGGGGACUGUCGACACUGUCUUACCUGACACAGACCUCAGCCGGCGAGGGUUGGCGAGGUCAUCGAACCAACUCUUGCGAGCAGAGGAUGGCGAUGGCGAUGAAGAGUGGAGAGAGAGGACAGCGAGAGAGGAGAGUGUUGACCUUGAUGUCGAUGUUGAUGUCGAUGUUGAUGUUGUUGUUGAUGUUGUUGUUGAUGAAGUUGACGUUGAUGAAGUGAAGUCGAGGAGGACGGGUAGCUGUGCCGUGGGAGAAAAGAGAGGGACUCCAAGGGUACCUAAACUCGCUCGGGGCGAAACUGCACGCAUCAUUCCACCUGCAAGACAUCCACCUAUGGAGUAA